AUGGCAGGGUGCCUCGCUGCGGGUGCAGGAAGGCGCCUGUGGAGCUGGGUGCCCCAGGCCUGCAGAAGUUUCUCUCUAGGUGUUCCUGACUUGUAUUUUGUAAGGAACACCGUCCCGCCCCCCAAAGUGGUUGAUCGCUGGAACGAGAAGAGGGCCAUGUUUGGGGUGUAUGAUAACAUCGGCAUCCUGGGAAAUUUUGAAAAGCACCCCAAAGAACUAAUCAAGGGCCCAAAAUGGCUUCGAGGCUGGAAAGGGAAUGAAUUGCAGCGUUGUAUCCGAAAGAAGAGAAUGGUUGGAUAUCGGAUGUUCAGUGAUGACCUACACAAGCUUAACAAACGCAUCAGCUAUCUCUACAAACAUUUUAACCGACAUGGAAAGUACCGGUAG